AUGAACCAAGUCAAAGAGAAAUUGAAAAUGCAGCCGCGACGGUUGAACCACCACGAAAGUCAAAGCGUCGAGAAGAAAGCGCUGAUUCUUCAUCUAGAGGUAGAACUGCUGGAAUUUUGCCCAAACUAUGCAUCAUAUGCAAAAAGAAAGAACUUUUCUAUAACGACAAAGUAAGCAGCUAAACGCAGAAAUUUUAAUUAUAUUAUAUUUUGACAUUUUGGGGGUUUUUCUCGCUUUAAUACAAAUUCUUUUUCUUAUUUUUUCUUAAAAAUUAAUAUGUUUUCGUAGAAUUCUAAUCAAAGUUUUUAAAAAAUUGCCUGGUUAGGAAUAGGUUUAGGGUGUAGGGACUGGACUGCCAGUCUUUAGCACUUUCUGAAACCUGACGGGCUGCCAGUCAAUAUUCACGGGGUUCUUUCUUGCAGAAAUCGAGAAAGCGUAUACUUAAUUGCGGGAAGCAGCAGAGAUGAAAAACGAUGAGAAUAUUCUAAUUCAUAUCAAAUAAAAGGACUGUGUUGCGAUUGAAGUGUGCUAUCAUAAGACGUGCUACAAGAACUAUACUCGUUUUCUUUCUAAGCCAGACGUUGAUCAAGCAAUGGAUUCCGUCUUUAACACGGCCUACAAAUAUUCUGCAAGGAAAUCAUUGAUGACCGAAUAUGCAAAAAUCGUGAGAUUUUCUUUCUGACGAAGUUGGUUAAUAUUUUUCGGAGCUAUAUCGAUAAGUGUAGAGAUCGAGAGGGUGAAGAAGGUUCGAGGUACAAGGCCGGUAACCUAAAGAAUCGUCUUCAGAAGAGCCAUCCACAACUUGUUUUCCAUGCUCCUGGGAGAAGAAACAGAAGUACGCUAGUUUUUGCUGAGGGGGUCUCAGAUUUGUGUGGUCUCAGAUUUGAUCUCAGAUGUGGUCUCAGAUUUGUCAAGUGCUUUUGACAAAGGAAAUGAAGCAUUUACGCAGUUGGUUUCGAAUAAAUUGCUGGUCGAAGAACCUGAUAUAUUUUCAACGAUUCCAAAAAUGAAACUAAAAACAUUUGAUGCAUUGAACAAGCCUGUAUCACGAAUGACUUGGAAAGGUCAAGUUGUUUCUUUGAGGACUGACAGAAAUACCUUAGCCAGGCUAUUCGUGAUUGGCCAGAAAAGAUCAAUCGAUGUGCAACAAAUGCUGUCCUUUUGCCUUGGCUCUUGCCCUCUAUCAUUAGCAACCGUUACUGGAGGUAUUUGCAAAACGACUAAAGCAAAGUUACUUCAAUCAUUCCAAUCUGAAUUCCUUGAUUGCAUUGUUGAUAAUUUUCAUGAUGCCUGUUGCGUUCUUAUUGAUGCAAUGGCGGUUCUUCAAUCCACAGUCCUCGUGCCCGAAACCUACGGAGAACUUGCUGACGAUAUUCUUGUUAGAGUACUAGCUGUAGCUCGCAAAUUCAAGGCGUCCCGUGUGGAAUUCGUGAGUGAUCGUUAUCCAGCGCAAAGCAUAAAAAAUGCACAGAGAGAGAAGAGAGUGACUCAGGGCGAAUGCAGCGUUCGUAUUUAUGCAAAAGAUCAGAAAGUUUUCAAACUCUGGAAGAAAUUCCUGUCAAACGGCAAGAAUAAAGAAAAUCUGGUUUCCUUUUUGCUGGACACAUGGUCGAACAUGGAGGGGCGCCAUUUGGGUGAACAUGAACUAUUCGUCACAUCUGGAUCCAACUGCACAAAGUUGUCGAGCACAGCUGAAAUUCUACACCAUGAUAUGGUCAUCGAAUUAUCAGACUGUGAUUAUGAAGAAGCUGACACGAGGCUGAUGCUCCAUGCGGCACAUGCAGCAAAAUGCGGUCACCAAACCAUUGUUAUCAAGUCGCCAGAUACGGAUGUGUGUAUUUUAGGACUGUACUCAAAGAUUUCUCUUCCAGAAACGUCAUUGUUUCUUUACACUGGCUCUGGUGAACACAGUAGAAUAUUAUCGCUUGAUGUAAUUUCAUCUUCAAUACCGCCCGAGCUUAGUUCUGCUUUACCUGGACUCCAUGCAUUCACUGGUAGGUAUAUUCAUUGCAAUUUUACUCAACCCUUUCGUCGUCAUCAAUAUUUUACACUGUACAAUAAUACAUUACUUCAUUUAGGUUGUGACUAUACCAGCUCGUUUUUUGGGAAGGGGAAAGCGAAGGCCCUUAAACUAGCUCGAUCAAAUGAACAUUUUCUGCAGGCGUUUUCAGAGUUUGGAUCCACGGAAGAGGCUGAUCAUAAAGCUGUCACCACACUUGACAAGUUUACGUGUUCUCUCUUUGGUGAUUCGAAAGCUCAGACCGUGAACGACGCGCGUUAUAACCUAUUCACACAGGGAAAAUUUGGUGAAGAUUGUUUGCCUCCCAAUAAAGAUGCCCUUGCUUUGCAUAUCGACCGCUGUAACUAUACGUCUCAUUCAUAUGGCGCCGUUGUCUGAAUCAAGAGAUCGGAGCUCCUCAUUUUAGGAAUCAUGGUUGGGAAGUGGACGAAAGUGGCAAAGUUAGCGUGAAAUGGUUAUCUGGUCUACCCGCGAUGGACAACAUUCUGGAAUCCUCCAGCUGCAAGUGCAAAACCGGUUGUAAGACUAAACGAUGUGGUUGCAAGAAAGAAGACUUGGAAUGCACAGAGCUGUGCUUCUGCUGUGAUUGCCAAAAUCAGAAAUAUUCCAAUGCCGAUGAAGAUGACGAUGAUUUUUACCAGGAGGAUUUUGAAAUGGACGAUAUUGACAUCGAAUGA